AUUUGAACUUCAUUUAUUCUCACUACGUGUUGUAGGAGUUUUCUACACCAGUGUGUUUAAUGAUGUCAAAUAUGAAGUGAAAGAACACGACAAGUUUUCAAUAAAUUCAAUUACAAGUUUAGAUGUGUCUUUUGAGAUUAGCACAUUCACUGACUGAGUGAAAGUGAUUAAAGAAAUCAACAAUGAAAACAAGAACGCCUUUAGACAAAGCUUGCUACUUCGGUGAUUUAAAAACUCUAGAAGAGUUGCUAGAAAAUUUGAAGGAUUCACAAUACUCACCGGAAGAACUGUGUUCAUCACUUUGUACUGCAAUCAAACGUUUAAAUGACGAAGAUAAAGAAGAAAACAAUGAAAAAUGCUGUGAAUUAAUGUUAAAAACUAUCAAAAGCAAGAAAGAUUUCGAUACAGAACAAUAUAGAGACAGCUACGGAAAUACCCCUCUUUUCUACGCUAUAUAUCACAACAAUCCAGAGAUUGUUAUGGAGUUAUUAAGCACACUAUGUUUAAUCAAUUCGAACAAUGGUCCAAGUCCUAUUGAUAAAGUCGACCCAGAGAUGUUAAGAAGACACUUCGAUCGGUGCAUAACUGAAACCAUAAAGGGAGUUAAAGGUCCGGGAAUUAAGAUAACUUUUAACUUUGAACCACUUCUUUGUCGAGAAAAACACAAAGAAAAUCCUCACGUUGAUUCAAAAGUUGUAUAUGAAAUAAGCCGUAGAAAAAAUAUCGAAAAUUUGCUCUUGCAUCCCAUGAUUUUAUGUUUCGUAGCAAUGAAGUGGGGCAAUAGCAAAAUGUAUGAUGUAAUUUUUUGGAGCCGUUUUUUUCUUUGCUUUUUGAAUAUAGCGUUGCUUUCCGCUUACGUUAUGACUAAUAUACACCCUUUCAAAUAUUUGUGUUUAGGUACACAGUUGUUUUACGUUUUGUAUGUGGUUUUUGAAGACAUAUUGCAGCUUAAAUUUGACCAUCCCGAAAAAUGGCAUUUAUUACUAGGAAAAGUAAUAUUGUCUCCAAAUGUGUUGUUGUCUCUUGCUAGUUUCAUACUUUUACCGAUUUUUAUCUUCCUUGGUGAGGACUGGACAGAAUUCACGUUGCCUUUUAUUGUUACUUUUUUGUGUUUUGAAAUGAUUUUAGUUUGCAGUAUCCGAUACAUUUAUGGUGAAAUGUUCAAAGUAGUGCUUUUUGUUCUUGGGAGACUACUAGUUUGGUACAUUCUCAUAUUGUUUAUACCUUUGACAAUUCUUUACAACGUAUUAUUCGAUAAUGCAUUUUACAAAAAAUUACCGAAAUCAAUUUUUGACGUCUUUACUCUUCUAAUUGGGAAUGUAAAUCUGGGCGAAAAUUCGACACCAAUACAAAAAUUUUUUUACUUGGCAUUUAUUAUUGUACUGCCUCUGACAGUGUCUAAUUUAAUAACCAGCAAUGCUAUUAAUGAUGUUAAAGAAUUAAAAAAUAAAGCGGAUAUUGUUAGUCUAAGAGCAAAAAUUUUGUUUAUUUAUAGGGUUGAUAUCGUUAUUAGGAAUAUAAAAAAGAAAAAUUGUGAAUCCAUUCCACAUGUAGUGAAGGGUCAUAUUAAUUUUGUUGAACGACAUGCAAACACACAAACAUUUAACAAAAAACUGGUCGAAAAUUUAAGCUUAUUAUUCCAAAGAACACAGAAAAAAAUUGUUGUUUCAUCCGGGUUUUUUUACAAACCAGACGAAAACAAAUCGUCCAAUGAUAGUACAAGUAUAACAAAAAAUUGUUAAAACUAGGUGCAAAAAUAACGUAAAAGCUCGUCGUUUGAAAUAAAAACGAAACACGCAUUUUUGUGUACAUGUUGAUUUAUAUAAUAUGCUUUAACCCAUCCGACUUAGUUCUUCGGGUGGACAAAUUAAGCUCAUGUAAGUAAUCGUCUGUCUUCUGGUGUCAGUUAUUCGAUGGCCACUUCACUCGAAACUAAAAGGAUGGUAAUAAAACAUAAUUUAAAUGUAGAUAUAGUCUCAAUCUGUAUUUAUAUUGUAAUAAUCUAGUACUUAAUAUAAAUAAUAAUAAUAUUAA